AUGAUAAACGGUGUAGUUGCCCAUGUCGAGUUGGAAAAUGAAAUUGUGGAAUGGACUAGCUCAAUUGCGAAUAGCUUAGCACUCAUUUGCAAUACAGUACACAAACGGUGUUGCGUUGCGUCAAAUGGCUCAGGGUAAGGUCGAGUAGCACAGCGUACGCACAAACAAUGUAGCGUUUCGUGAAAUGGCUCGGCAUAAUGUAGAAUGGUACAGCGUACACACAUAUGGUGUAGCGUUGCGUGAAAUGGCUCAGCGUAAUGUCGAAUGGUACAGCGUAGGUACCAACGAUGUAGUGUGGCGUGAAAUGGCUCAGCGUAAUGACGAAUAGUACAGCGUAAUGUCGAAUGGUACAGCGUGCACACAAAUGGUGUAGAGUUGCGUGAAAUAGCUCAGCGUAAUGUAGAAUAG